AACCACUUAAAGUACAACACUCUCAAGCUCUUCGAAACUGUAUUCUUCCUCUGUACUUUCAUUGUAACUUGUUUUUAUGGCACCUACAAAGCAAGCUCCAACACGACAGGCUAUCACGCUCAAAGGAUCAACUAACCUUGUUACCGAGUUCUUCAAAUAUGCUGCCAACACGAUUCUCUUCCAACGGGGCGUAUACCCUGCAGAUGAUUUCCAUAUGGUCAAGAAGUAUGGACAAACCGUGCUUGUCACACAGGAUCUGGCACUGGAGAAUUACCUCGAUAAGAUCUUGAAACAGGUCAACAAGUGGCUACUAACAGGGGCCGUGACACAACUAGUCCUCGCCAUCAUUUCAAAAGAUUCUCGAGUGACAAUGGAGCGUUGGGUAUUCGAUAUCAAUCUGGUCGAGCAAGAGCAACCAACUGGCGCUUCCGGAUCAGCACCUGCGAAGCCAGAAUCGGAGAUCCAAGCAGAAAUAAGGAACAUUCUCAAGCAGAUCGUUUCGACAGUGACCUUCCUCCCAGUGAUCGAUGAACCGACAGUCUUCAAUAUCUUGGCAUACACCUCCGAGUCCGCCGACAUCCCCGCGGACGAAUGGGUAGAUACAGACCCACUGGCGAUUGAAGCGAGCAAGAGCCAACAGGUUAAACUACGGAGUUUCAGCACUGAUGUACAUCGAAUCGAGGCGAUGGUUGCCUAUCGUUAUGAAGGGUAAUUGACGGGACCAGACAAAUAGUAUUAUUACUCAGACGGCGCUUGGCGUUGAUCAUGUUCUGGAGGAGUUCAAAGGACGAACACUGGUGAGAACCGUUGCGACGAUAGAGAAGAUACGACACACGCAGAGUGUCAUGAUAUCCUCAGAUUCGGAUGGGAGUUCUCCAGGUACAAGGUUAUGUUGGACAUGUAUGUAUAGUGUGGGUUCAAAACAGUCAGCCAAUACAACAGCGACAGUUCGAUGCAGGGUAUUUU